CGACCCUACUGUAAAGACGACGGCUCCUCGUCGUCACGCAUGAUGAUCUCUACACGAAUCCUCUCAUUAAAUUCUUCUGGUCAUGGGAAACACGGGUUUUCUUUUUGUGACCUUCUCUCGUCACUUCAAGCUCGUGUAAAUAUUCCGGACGCCCCAUAUUCGGUGCACCCCAGGGGAUCUGACCCAUUGCCCUCACCCGUGCUUUAGGAGAGCUGGUAGUGUUGGACGACCAUAAUACCAGGGCUUGCAUAUAUCUUAGUUGUUAUUGAGUUUUAUACGUCCUUCAGGGGUAGCUAUGCCCAGAAACGUCCGCGUGUGACUAACAUUGGUUAUGCCUGGCUUCCGUCAUGGCACUGGAAUGCGUUGCUGAUCUUCAGCCCUAUGCCUGCCUUCAAAUUGCUAUCCGAGUGUAGCAUCUGCAGUGCAUUACCAUGGGUUCGAUGGAGACCAGCCAGUUGCCUGCACAAUGUUCGUCUAGGAUCGUUGAUAUCAUCUCCCUACUGCAACCGCGCCGCCCUCAAUCUUCAUGGCUCUUUGCUUCGUGGCGCAGUGGCACGAUUGGCAGACUGGUAUUCAAACCUCUCGUGCUCUGUCCGCCCAAUUCCUCGCAUCCGUGCCACCUUGAGACCGGAGGACAGAGAUGGCUCCGAGGACCAACCCGACGACGCUCCCCGCAAACAAGGCCUCGAAGCCAGCGACGAUGGCAUAUACAGCAGGCACCGCCCAGAGGAACUUCCACGCCACCCUCGGCCGGCCGACAUGCAUGAGCAGCGCUACACCCACGGCACCAAAGUGGAACAAGGCAUAGAGGAUGAGCGUCCAGAGGAGCGUGAACCGCCAGGAGUCGGAAAGCGAGUAGAGAGCGUGCUCAUGCUGCUGUGGAGGCCAACGCAGGCCCGGGAAGCUUGGCUGCUGGUAGUCUGGCGGUGGCCAUCUGGCGCACAGAUCCUCAGGUUUCCUGUGCCAGAGGAGAGUGUGACCUACAAGAUAUGUGCCAUGCUGGAGCAAUGGUGGCAGGUGCCAAUGGCAUUGCUGGCUCUGCGUGCCCUGCCCUUGUGGGCGCGCAAAGGGCAAGGAUUGCGUAGGUCGAAGGGAUGGCGCAAGGUGGUGGUCGAGGUCGAAAGAGGUGAGCCUGACCCGCCUCAAGCGCGGCAAGACAAUCGACGUCGCGCAUCCUCCCACGGCGCUCCCGUCAUGUCGUCCGAUCGCCUGUUGACCACCGUCCUCCGGGCGUACCAGGACGCGCCCAACAACGAGCAGACGGACAAGAUCUUCGGCACAACUACCCACCUGCUGUCCAACCUCACCAACCCUCUCAAUCUCUCGAUUCUCACAUCGCACUUCCUCACCGCGCGCUCUAUAUGGCAAUACCCGGAUGGCCUGCGCACAUGCCUCCGCGUCAUUAGCGUCUACAAUACCGCCGCCGGCCACGUCCGACAGAAUGCUCUUGACAACCUCGAGGUUCCGCCAGGCCAACCUCGCAUCGGAAGCGGCGUCCAGUGUGAAGAAUGGGCGCGCGCCGUCGCCAAGGGCGCGGACGAGAGGUCCAGCAGGUGGCAGCAUUGCCUGGUGCUCACAGGCAUCCUGAUGGGCAUGGAGAGCGACGAAAAGCGGUCACUUUCGAGGAGCCUGCGGUCGACUCUGGAACAAGCCGUCGUGGCUGCGGCCAACCUCGCCCUCCAAGAACCCGUCCACACCGGCCUCCUAGGCCGAGGCGCUGUUGUCCUGGCGCUGUCGUACGCGUUCCCGCUCCUAUCCGACCACAACAAGGCUAGCCUCAAUGGCAACGCCUUGCUUCCAGCUGCGGUCGAGGCCAUGGUCGGGAGUGAAGGUUUCCACAACUGCGACUUUAUCCAAGCAAUCACCAACGACAUCAAGCCUAGCCAGAACAAGUGGUGGCAGGUCGAUUCACCAUCGGUGGUGAGACUUCGGAGGACGGAAUCUCGACCACUGACCCAGAACAUGGGCGCCCUCUCGCGCGUCUUGGUCUUUUCCGUUCAGCACGCUGCGGACGCCCAGCCGGUUUUGCUGGCCUUGGACCAAAUGCUUGCACUCACUACUGCGCUUGUGCAGCGUUGGCGCGCCUGCCCCCUCUCGACUAUCGAUCCGGCUAUCGAGGUUGCGUUCUUCCCUCCACCAGUGCUUUCGGGGCCCGUGACUUCACUGUGGCAGCUGUUCCGACGGAUCCUGUACACCGUUGUUGCGGUGCUCCAGCCGAUUAUCGGUCGGACACUGCUUGACCCUCGACUACGCAAUGACAUGGUUGCCCCUACUGUCGCCAGCAAGACACUACACAUCCUGCGGAACAUGUCAUUCAUCUCAUCGCGGCAAGGGGCGAGCUCGUUCCAGGUCUACACAUUCACGUACAUGACCGCACUGGACAUCAUCACCCGCUUCACGGAUCACUGUAUCGCAUUCCUGAAGAACACGCAGCCACCAGCUCCUCAGGCCAGCGCGCUUCCGUCACCACUCGACCAAGCCCUCACCCUCUUCUAUCUCAACACGGCAGAACACUUUCCUCUAUCAGUCCCAUCUCCAGUCGCCGAAGCCCUCAUUGUGAAUCCAGCUUCCGCGUUACUCGCACCCACGUCAUGGCUUGCGCAACCCCCGACUAACCCUACCACGCCUCCGCCCUCCCUAACCCUGGAGCUCUUCGAAGCCGCCCACAGCGCCAUUCUCGCCGUCAUGUCGUGCCCGCAGCACAGUGGCCCUCUGACGGUCAACCUGAUCCCUUUCUACGUGGACACCUUAUUAUCCAGCUUCCCGGCGCGCAUAUCCCCUCGCCAAUUCCGGCUCGCCUUUAAGACGGUGAUGCAGAUUGCGAGCCCGCCUUUCCCGAUAUCAGCCAGCCACCCAGACCUUUCGGAAGCACUGCUCGAAAUGCUCCGCCACCGCGCUCUCCAAGGCGGCGCAUCAAGCCUACCCCUGACCCCGCCAGCCUCCGAACUUGCCCCGGCACCAGGAGAUACGCAACCACCGCAGCCGGCGCCACCGCAGUCCGAGCAAAGCACCCUCGUGCUUGGCCUCAUCGACGCACUCCCCUACCUUCCCUUGCCCAUAGUGGACGAGUGGCUCACCCGUGCUGCCGACGCGAUGAAUGCGAUUGAGGACUCGACCCUGCGCGAGAUAUGUUCACUGCCAUCGCUGUAUCUAUGUCACGGAUGCGAAAAACGGAUCAGCAGUCAUUCUGCUUAG